AUGCGCCCAGCCGAGAGAACACUUACGGAAAGGGUCGAGUUCAACCGAUUGCGACAAACCACACCCGAACACACAGCCAGCCGAAAGAUGGCGACCGCCGGGCUGGAGAGGAAAGUAAAGGAUAAUUUCCUGACGUGCUCCAUCUGCUUCGAGAUGUACACAGACCCGUGUACAUUGAAGUGUGAUCACACAUUCUGCAGUAAAUGUGGCACCUCAUACAUCCAAACCAGACCUGUUGCUGUACAGUCCAAGACCAUCCCCUGUCCCUGCUGUCGACAAGACACCAAGGUCCCCCACCCCAGCAGGCCGGUGGAGGAGUGGGCGGCGCAGGUCAAACCCAGCAUCAUUAUACAGGGGCUGAUUGACACCUAUAGGUCCGAGGAAGAUGUGCAAGAGACCUCAAGCACCUGUUGUACGAUCUGUCAGCAACUAGGGGAGACAACUCCAGCAGCCUUGUGGUGUGCUGAGUGUGAAGUGGUCCUCUGUGACAAAUGUGUGAAGAUACACCGGGUGACCCCUACUUUAUUGAACCAUGACCUAUGUGACCUGUCGUCUAGGUCAAAGGUCAAACGGAGCAUCAAGUGUACGGAACACAAGAGUAACCGUGUUGAGUUCCACUGUCAAGACUGUGGGAAGGCUGCCUGUCAGACAUGUUGUAUCAUCUACCACAGAGCUUGUGAGGCUGUCAUCACCAUUGAGUCUAUGAAGGCAGGGAUGAAGGCAGCACUGAUGGAGAAGAGACUUGGCAUGGAGAAGAUACUGAAAGUGAGGUCGAAGAAAGUAGACAUACGAAACGAAAAGCUCCAAAGUAAUUCUAGAAUCACAGAGUCAGCUGUUCAAAAUAUUAGGUUGGUCUGCAAGACAGCCAUUAACAAGUUUAAACAGAAAGAAACACAACUCUUGGAUGAACUGAAUAACUUAUCACAGACAUACGCCGGCCAACUCCGAGCUGAUGUGAAGCUGGAAGAGAUCGAGAUGCAGAUGUACAGUCAACAUUGUGAGUUCAUAGACCAGGCCUUGGUAUCGGACUGUGAGAUGGACCUGUAUGACGCGUAUCAGGUCUGGGAGUCUGGAGCUGUAAAGAUGGAGGAUGUCAGGGAUACAGAGGCAGCAGACACCCGGAGAAUAGAUCACAUCUGGUUUACACCUGACACUGACAAUGUCCUGAAGGUCCUAGAUAACCUGCAGUUGGGAGAGAUUGACGUCACAUAUCAGGAUCAGGGUACAUCCCUGCCAUCUCUAGUGCUGGUUGACACGAUAGAUGGGAGGGUGGCGGAUGAUGAUGAGGAGUCUGAUUUAUUGAAAGUGACAGUCCUGGUUGUAGAUGGUGUACAGACAUGUGUUGUUACGGACUAUAAUAACAAGUGUGUGAAAUCAUACUUCACAAGAAAUAGUCAGUCAUGCCGCAGUAAACUUCCCCUGGAUAACACCCCACAUGGGAUGACACAGUUGAAUGAGAAGCAGGUGAUAGUUGCUGUCCCAGACUUCCUUCAGAUUGUAACAGUAGAAGUGACCCCUGACCUGGUGCUGCUGUCAACCAUCACAACCCGUACCAAAUACUACAGUCUGGCUGUUCUGAAUCCUUCAUCUCUAGCAGCAGGUACUUGGAAAUGUGUUGAUAUCCUGGACAUGGCUGGACACGUGUUGAGGUCAAUCACUACAUACAAUGAUGACUCACUGUUUACCUACCCCUUCUACAUGUGUGUCAACACCAAGGGCAACCUACUCGUGUCUGACAAGGGGAUCACAUCUGUGACAUGUCUGACGUCAGAGGGGAAUGUUGUGUGGAGUUACGCCUUUACAGAAGACGGAGAACUCACCUUCCCUUGUGGUAUCACAACUACCAGCAGAGGAGACAUCCUGCUUGUAGACAGGCACACUCACAAGGUGAUACAACUGACAGAGUCAGGGGAUUAUGUCAGGGAGCUGCUCACGAUAGAACAUGAUGAUGAGACAGGCAUGUCCGAUGUAUACUGUGAUAAAUGCGGUUUCCUAUUUCUAUGCAAGGACACGGAAGUGAAAGAGUACAUGUUUGUCUGA